UGUUGCGCCGAGAGGGGGCAGCUGCGGAGUUCCAUAACCAUAGCAACCGCAUCAGCACCGCGGCGGCGGCGGCGGCGCGGGCAGCAGCUCUCGCUCCUCCUCCAGGCAGCCUCGCCGCGGGCACCGGAGACCCAGCUCGCGAGUGCCCGGACCCCGCGGUGCGCCCACCGCCGCCGCGGAGAGCCGGGAGGGAGGGAGCCGGCGCGGCCCGGAGCCGAGGGGAGUCCUGCAGCGGGAGACAGGUAAUGAACCAAAAAGAUCAUGUCUGAAGUACAAGGAACGGUUGAGUUUUCUGCAGAGCUACAUAAAUUUUAUAAUGUGGAUCUCUUUCAGAGAGGGUAUUACCAGAUCCGAAUGACCUUGAAGGUGUCCUCAAGGAUCCCCCACAGACUGAGCGCCUCCAUUGUUGGGCAGACAGACAGCAGCAGCCUGCAGUCAGCCUGCGCCCAUGAGAACGCCGUGCAUAGCCGGGUCUUUCAGAUCUUAUACAGGAAUGAAGAGGUCCCCAUAAAUGACGCCGUCAUCUUCCGCGCUCAUUUGCUCUUAGAUGGAGAAAGGGUGGAAGAGGCACUAAGUGAGGUGGAUUUUCAGCUCAAGGUGGAUCUGCACUUCACCGACAGCGAACAGCAGCUGAGGGACGUGGCGGGGGCCCCCCUGAUUAGUAGCCGCACGCUCGGCCUACACUUCCACCCCCGGAGAGGUCUGCACCACCAGGUUCCUGUCAUGUUCGACUAUUUCCACCUGUCCGUCAUCUCAGUGACCAUCCACGCCGCCCUGGUGGCUCUGCAGCAGCCCUUGAUCAGUUUUACUCGUCCGGGAAGAGGCUCCUGGCUUGGUAAAGGUGGGCCGGACACGGGACCAGAACAGUCCAGCCUCUCUCUGGAAAACCUGGUCUUCGGAGCUGGGUACUGCAAGCCGACUUCCUCGGAGGGGAGCUUCUACGUGCCGUCCGAGACCUGCAUGCAGCACGCACACCGGUGGCACCGGGAGCUGUGUUUCCUGCUCCUACACGCCUACCGGGGACUCCGCGCCUACUUCCUGGGCAUCAUGACGGACAUCCCGGAGCUGCCGCACAUGGAGCUAGAGUCCCUUGCUGUUGAGGAAACGCUGUCUCAGCUGUGCUCAGAGCUACAGAUGUUGAACAAUCCCGAGAAGAUAGCUGAGCAGAUAAGUAAGGAUCUCGCCUGGCUCACCUCCCACCUGAUGGCUCUGUGGACCCAGUUCCUAGACACGGUGACUCUGCACUCCCAGGUGACCUCUUAUCUCACCCAGGAGCAUCACACCUUGAGGGUCCGACGCUUUUCUGAGGCCUUCUUUUAUAUGGAGCACCAAAAGCUCGCAGUCCUGACCUUUCAAGAGAAUCUGAUACAGACACACAGCCAGCUGUCUCUGGACAUCCGGAACUCGGAGUACCUCACCACCAUGCCCCCGCUGCCCGCGGAGUGCCUGGACAUUGAUGGCGACUGGAACACCUUGCCGGUUAUCUUUGAGGACAGAUACGUGGACUGCCCUGCAACAGGGCACAAUUUGAGUGUUUACCCUAAUUUUGAUGUUCCAAUGACAAAUCCUGCAAUAAUGAAUCUAAAAGACAGAGAAGAGAACCCUAUUGUAAAUAGAAAAUCACCUUUUAGGGAAGACCUUGCAUUGCCUACCAUGAAACCACCCCAAGUGGACUCUGAUGAGGACGUUAUUAGGUGUCCAGAGCCAGAUGACAAUGUAAACACACCAAAACGUGCAGACAUGUGCUCCGAAUCUCAGGUGUAUCUGACAAUUGGUGAAUCCCAGAACAAAGCAGGUUUGCCUGAGGAGGAAUGUUGGACUGGCCAGAGGUCUGAUGUUGGAACACAUCCAUCGGCAGAUGAGGACCUGCCCCGAAGGAGUCCAGGUCCAGAGGAUGGUCAGGCCCUGGCACUCACCUACAUUGAUGUGAAAUCUAGCAAUAAGAGGCCUUGCAGUGCUGAACCCACAGUGGUCAUUAGUGCUCAGCAGGAGAGUGAGCACUCUCCAGAUAACUAUGACUCGGACAGAGCUGUGCCAGGCCAAGAGGUAGCAGGUGGAGGUCAUCAAAAUACCAUCCUUUCGGAGAAAACAAUGCUGCAUGAGUUAAGUACUCUAGGAAAGGUUGCAGACCAGGAGGGCAAGGUAGUGCUGCUCAGUCUGAAGCUCAUCCCCUCGGAGCCCUGCGAUCCACUGAACUUGACUUUGAGGGAUCCCUUGGAUGUUAGGGCUUCCCCAAAGGACCCUCACACCGAGGAGCAGGAGGAAGUGUUGGUGCUUUCUGGGGUCAUCAAGAGAUCUUCUUCCAUCAUCUCUGAUUCAGGCAUUGAGAGCGAGCCAAGCUCUGUUGCCUGGUCCGAGGCGCGAAGCAGGGCCCUGGAGUUACCCAGUGACCGGGAAGUCUUGCACCAUCUGGUUCGAAGACAUGCCCUGCACAGGAACUCCUUAGAGGGUGGACACACAGAGAGCAAUACGAGUUUGCCGAGUGGGAUCCAGGCGUCUCUCACCUCCAUUAGCUCAUUGCCUUUUGAGGAGGAAGAACGGGAGUUGGCACUCACCAAGUUGACCAAGUCUGUGUCUGCACCCCAAAUCAGCAGCCCAGAGGAGUCUGCUGAAGACACAGACACCAUGCAGCAAGGUGGAGAUCUUGCUGAAAGUCCAGCCGUACCCGUGGAGAGCCUAGACUCCCCGGGAUCCAGAAUCCAGGAUGCUGGGGAAGACCAUUCCCUUACGCAGGUGGUUUCCGGUGCUGACAGCCAGCAGGGCCCUGGUUACAUAGACAUCCCCAAAGGUACAGAGAGUCAGUUUGAUCCUCAAGGACCUUGUUGUCUUGAUGGCAGGACUGAGAACCCUCUGGGUGUUGAAACCAAAGGUCUUAAUUUAAAAAUACCACGUAUCAUAGCACUUGAAAACCCUAGGCAUGGAUCUUGUCCUAGAGUACUAAUGGAGACCCCAGAGGGCAUGCCUGAAGACUUGAAUGUGGGGAAAGACGCUCUUUCCGACAGCAGCAUCUCAGAUGAUGAGACGAUCGCCCACCAUAAGGUGCCUGAAUGGAGCUGUAGGGAAGCUGCUGAUGCCAGCAAGCUGGGUUCAGUGGGCGAGCAGAGAAGCUCACCGUGCAUCAUUGAUGAUGCAACAUUUAGCAAAGGAGCUCAUGCUCCCCUGGAGGCUGGACGCGAAGCAGGCAUCGUGUGCUCCACUGUGACUCACUCCAUUCACUCCCAGGUUUUAGGAAACCAAGAGCCAAGGACAGGCACUUCCUUCAUGGCGUCCCACUUGAGCCCUGCGGAGAACUUCACUCUGGACAGUCUGAAAGCCGUGGAGGUCGUCAACCUGUCUGUGUCUUGCACUGCCACGUGUCUCCCUUUCUCGUCUGUGCCCAAGGAGACCCCUGCCCGGGCUGGAUUCUCUGCUAAGCAGACCCCAUUGCCCAUCACUCAUCAGCCCUUGGGCUCCUUUGGAGUUGUCUCCACCCAUUCCAGCAAGUUGGAGGAAGAAGUCAGUGAAAGGAUGUACAGUUUUUAUCAGGCCAAAGAAAAAUUUAAAAAAGAACUGAAGAUUGAUGGAUUUCUGUACAGUGACUUAUCUGUACUAGCUUCUGAUAUACCGUAUUUCCCACCAGAGGAAGAGGAAGAAAAUUUGGAAGAUGGGAUUCACCUGGUAGUCUGUGUCCAUGGCCUAGAUGGGAACAGUGCUGACCUCCGCCUGGUAAAGACGUUCAUAGAACUGGGGCUUCCUGGAGGAAAGCUGGACUUCCUAAUGUCCGAAAAGAAUCAGAUGGACACAUUUGCAGAUUUUGAUACAAUGACGGAUCGGCUGUUGGAUGAAAUCAUUCAGCACAUCCAGUUGUACAAUCUCUCCAUAUCCCGAAUUAGCUUCAUCGGCCAUUCCCUUGGCAACAUCAUCAUCCGGUCGGUCCUCACGCGGCCCCGGUUUCGCUAUUACCUCAGCAAACUGCACACGUUCCUGUCGCUGUCUGGGCCGCACCUGGGGACGCUGUACAACAACAGCACGCUGGUCAGUACAGGCUUGUGGCUCAUGCAGAAAUUAAAGAAAUCCGGGUCCCUUCUGCAGCUGACCUUCAGGGAUAAUGCUGACCUGCGCAAAUGUUUCCUCUACCAAUUAAGCCAGAAAACAGGUCUGCAGUAUUUCAAAAACGUCGUGCUGGUGGCUUCACCCCAAGACCGCUACGUGCCAUUUCAUUCCGCCCGGAUCGAAAUGUGUAAAACUGCCCUCAAAGACAGACACACAGGGCCCGUGUAUGCGGAGAUGAUCGACAACCUUCUGCGCCCCCUGGUGGACGCCAAGGACUGCACGUUAAUCCGGCACAACGUGUUCCACGCCCUGCCCAACACUGCCAACGCCCUGAUCGGCCGCGCAGCGCACAUCGCCGUGCUGGACUCCGAGCUCUUCCUCGAGAAGUUCUUCCUGGUGGCCGGGCUCAGCUACUUCAAGUAGCGGCCGGGGGCCCGCCCGAGGCUUUGCGACCCGUGAGCGCUUUCGCUGAGACAUCCUUCGCAGCCCUCUGCCCCUCCGGGCGGAGCGCAAAUAGGACGGCGCCGAGGCCAGGAGGGUGGGGUGGGAGCGGCCAUUCCAGGUGCUUCGAUUUCGGAGAUGGGGGAAAAGCUGAACCAGUCCACUGUCGUGUCACCUGACAAGACGUUGCCCGAACCUGUCCAGCCACCUGGAGUCUCUUUCAAGAUGCUUUCUAGGAGAAAUAUGACAAAAUAAAGAAACAGAACACUUGGAGUUGGUGAGCCCACCUUUUUACCCACCGCUGGCUCACAGAGUCCGCUCCAGUUUCCCUAGAUCUGUCCAGUAUGUUCCUAGCUCAUAGCUUUAUCAUCCUGAUUAAAUUCAGUGCACACAAGCAUUUCAGAACUCAGGUGAACCUCUGUGUGGACGUGGAACCUAUUGGUGUAAAUAUAACCCUGGAUAGAUUCAAAUGGGCCACUUGUUCAAGACAGCGCGAUGCCCACACGAUCAUUCUCUCCCAUGUUUUCUCCACAAGGGGCAAAGGAAGGCUUUAUAAACUCCAGUCCUAUUUCACGAACAGCCGCGGGUGGGGUGAUUUAAGGUAUGGGGGGAGAAAGGCGAUGCUCUUGGUAAAUGGCAGGUUUGUUACAAAGAAAAACAACUAGAGGGAACGUGGGGAGCUCCGUGGCUUCACGUCCUCCUGCAGACUGUCUAUGCAGAGCCCUGGCCCACAAAUUAUGUUUGUGAAUGCUUAAAUCUCUGUCUGUAGUCGGGGAACACGAACUUGGAUUAAGCCUAGCAGAAGAGGGCACUGAGAUGGUUGCACAGGCGUGAAGCUCCUGGUGAUACUUUUCCAAAGAAAUGCUAUGUUAGCAUUUGAUGCAGUUGCAAAAAAUAAAAAAAAAAAAUAAAACCAUUAAUAUGGCCAGCUGCUUCUCCUCUCCGUGGAAGGAGAAACAUCUAAGCGGAGGAGUGCUGGAUCAAACCUCAGGGGAGCUCCAAGAAGGUGCUGGCUAUCUUCAAUAGAAAUGUCUUCUUGCCUUAGGAAAAUAAAGGGCUAGGAGAGGUCACCAUUGAUACAAACCAAUAAACAGCAGGGACAACAGUGAGAUCAGAGAUGAGGACAGCAGCCAGAUCGAGGACCCAGCUUAAACUGUUACUGGUAAGUCACUUAAGGGAAGUUUUGAAAAUUGCCAGGAUGUUUGAUAGGGUCCCAAAGACUGAGCCCACUCUUGGCCUAAAGGCAGCCUGGAGAAUCCCCUAGUCACACUGAAGGAAGGCGCAAGCCAGGAUCGUAGGGAUGGCUAAACGGGAGACCCACCUUCAGGAGACAGAAGGCCUCGUUUCUGCAAAAUCCCCUUCUCACGUGUUUCGUGCGGCCAGGUUCUCGGUCCCAGCGCCUGGACCGUGACCUUCGCUCCCCAGGGCCAUGGUCAUAAAACCAAGUAAACCUUGGCUCAUCUGAGAACUGUAGUCCUCAAUGUUAACAGUGUGGCUUGGCGAAACAAAUGCCGACCGCGAGAAACCAGGCUGGGAAGGCGGCUUUGCAGGAUGGGAGACCCGUGGGUUCCUCGUGAAAGAAGGUGGGGGUGGAGUUGAAUGAGCCGCAAGGGCAGACUCCCCCUCAGUGCAGUUAGGGUUUCUCUGUGGGUCUCCUGUGAACUUUCCUUAUAUCCUAGGCUUCACCUGUAUGGGAUCAAGGCGUCCCAUGGGUAUUUUUCCAAGUUCCCGCUCUACAGAGAUGGGCUCCUCAGGAGCAGCACGGAUCUGCAGUGUAACCCGGAGGAACUGGUUCCUGCGGUGGAGCCCACGAUGUGUUUCCCGGUCUAGACGCGUGCUCAUGCUCCGUGCAGGACCAUACCUUAGUAGCAACUUCUCCUUUUUGGCCAAAUGAGGAGGCCUGCCCCUCUGAUGAGAGCAUUUCAUUUUGUUUCUGAUACCCAUCAGCAAAGUUUGUCAUUCCCUGGUCACUUACAAGACCGUGUAGCCAGCGGUUAUGGAGCAAGGUGAAUCCAAUGACCAUCGUCUUUUCCAAAAACCAGAUGCCAUUUUUAACUUCAAUAUGCUGUCUGGACAUAGUGAGAACUCAUGGCAAUAAACGUCCAGCUGCAUGCACCCCUUGUUUAUAGGGGUGAUCUGCUGUCUUUGUACCCUCUCUGGCCUCUGAGCAUCUAUUCUAUUGUGUAGAAAGUAUAUCUCUAUAUUGUAAAUAAGAGUGUCCAGUGUUACGUGUCAUGCCUCAUUUGAAAAGGCUUUUUUAUGUCUCUUUCUAAUGGAGUAUAGAUAUCUAAUAUAUAUAUAUAUACAUAAAUAUAUAUAUAUAAUGUAAAACAGGGACACUAUUUAUUUAUUAUGAAAAUUAUAAACAAAAUGCCUGCCAAGAUAAUGGUCUAGUAUGUUUUCAUUCUUAGCAUCAUUUCUGUUCUUUGUUUUUAUGGUUGGUUAAGUUUAUCAGAAGUAGUUAGAAAUAAAAAUUGCUACUCCUGAGAUUCAUUGGAAUCCGUUGUUCACAAGCCAAAUAUAGCCAAGAAGUAGAUGGGAACCAAAAGUGCCCUGGGGGCCAAACUCAUACCUGGAUGGCAGGUUGAAGGCACUGGAGUGCUCCGAGCCCGGGGAGAGGCGGGAGAGAGGAGAGGCUCCUGCUGGCACCCACAGGCCACAGGGGUUUGCUGAGCGACUUCCCUCCAUGCCUGAUGGGAGCACAGGGAUCCAAGGCGCAGCCCCCGCCCUCAAAGAGCACAAGGGAGAGGCAACCUUGUGAUGAAGGAGGGCUUUGGCGAGGCAGUUCAUUCGUUCAUUCAUUCAUUCACUCAUUCAGCAAAUCUAUAUGGAGGGCCUGUUGUUGCAAGAAUGUACAGGUCAGAUUGAGCAGCUCGAAGUCUGGUCAAAUGGGAAGGUGAAGGAGGUCGGCACCCACCCAGGGGUAGGGAUCAAAGUGUGCUCAGAAGAGGGACGCCCAGCCUUCACUGGAGAUGUGUGGGGUCAGGAGAGGGCCUCGGCAAGAGAGGAUGUCUACACCCAGACACCAGGCCGAGUCAGUGUUGGCAUGAAGGUGGGUGGCAGGGAACCCCCGGACGGGGAACAGAAUGUCUGAGAGGCUCGAGGAGGGACAUCCAGGACCUCCAGCACACUGGGCAGGCUGAUGGAGAUCGUGCUGGGAUCCAGAGUGACAGGGCAGGGGUGUGAGAGGCCAGCCACCACGCGGGACUCUCUUCCCUUUCAGGAGGAGAUUCCCAUCAUUCACACUAGUAGGAGAAUGUCCUCUCAGCAGCAGGGGCUCUGCCAACCCCUUGUGUUCACAUCCUUCUCCCAGGUUAGUUCAUAGGACAGACCCAACCCUUCAUCUGGUGGGAAGCCCAGGGCCACCAUGCAACCCCCACUCACCUUUGACCUUGACACCGUAGACACGUCUUCCCAGCUUCUCACGCAGAAAAGCCGGAGCAAACGGCAUCCCAUUCUGUGCAUGGAAGUCAUCAGGGGAGAUGCCGGCAGGGGUGUUUGGGGGCGACCAUGCCAGCUGCUCUAGGUCAUGUGUGUAUGUGGGUGAGAGCCCUCCCUUCCGUAGACAGCUGGGCAGUCUGCAGCCCCAGCAGGUUGAAGUCACGUGCUCAAAGCUACAGUCCCUCAUUCGGUCACGGACAUUCCCUCACAGCCCGCCACAAGCCGCGGAUGGGACACGAGGCAAAAGCAAAGGGGCAGACAGAAACACAGCAGCCCGCCCUGAUGGAGAAUGCAUGAGAGGGGAGGGGAGCUCGCAGAAAGUCACAGGCACGGUGAGAUGGCAAAGGCCAGUUUCGGAAGGAGCCCUGAGAGGAGCCCAUGGGAUUCAGGGGGACACCAAUACAGUGUGCAAAUGAGAAGGAACAAACUAGAAAUGGUAGCAUGUGACCCAGGUUUUCCCGUGAAGUAUAAAAACAUUUUAAAGUGCGAGGACAGGACAGAGUCGUCAGUGAGCCUUCAUUUGUGUGAGAUGGUGGCACUUCUCCAAGACACACCCAUUGACUUGAAAGCCUGCCCUUAGGUAUUUGCAGACGUAAUUGUCACUUCUCUUUUGCUGUGCGUCUUGUUUGGGUUUCGUACAGUAUCUUUCGGAGCAUUGGCAAUAACCAGGGAGGGCGUACAGUUGCACAGGUUUUAUAAAAAAGCAUGGCGAUGGCACGUAGAGGAAGAGUUGUGCUUGCUUCCAUUGUUAUUGCAAGGUAUCCAUUCCAACACCCUUAGGGAGGAUGUGUGUCAGUCUUUCACGGAUAGAGCCAAGCUCCAUACGCUCGCAUCUGGACCAGUUUCAUGUCUUUGUUUCCUAUUUUUUUCUUUGCUUAUUCUUCCCAUGCUUUAUUGAGCCCCUAUUUUGUGCUUGGUACUAGAUUAAAGAACUAUUAACAUAAAUCACAUAAGCCUAAACACUAAAAGGAUCCGGAGGGAUAAUAGCAUUUAAUGUUUUAUUUUUAACUGUUCGUUGUGAAAUGAAAGCCAUGGGACCUCAAUAUCUAAGAGGAACAGCGUAUGUUUAAUCCAGACUCUGAGGGUUAGCAGUUGAGCUUUGCCCUUCCACCUCUGCUUGUCCACGCAGGGCUCCAUUCACCUAUCGCAAAGCAGGAGUGCACUGCAGUGACUUUCCAAGCCUUUCGGCAUCCCUUCCUCCUUUCUUUUUUCUUUUCUUUCUUUUUCUUAAAUUU